CACCUCGCCUUUGAACUUCGCCGCUUUUGGCUGCAGUUCACCAGCCUCCCCGCAUUCUCAGCCAGGUGCAGUGCGUGGCAAAGCAGCGCCCGGAAAGCCACGGGAGGGGGGAAGCCACGGCCAGAGAAGCCAGGGGAAAGACGGAAAGGAGAGAAGGCGAAGGUGAAGAGGGAGAGAAGGAGGAGCCUCCUGCCCUCGCCAGAAAAUUACCUAGCCACUUAAUCCCAAGACUCUGGUACUUGGGCCCCAAUCUCUGGUGCCUACAGACUCCAGGCCGAACGCCCUCGCAUCCCCGCUGCCCUUCCUACCCUUCGGCCCCUUGGGGGCUGCCUGGGUGCUGGGACUGGCAUGAUCAGUUGAAAACUUUGCAGGGUCAGCUCUUCUCUCUGACUCCCCUUCCGCGGCUCCGAGAAGAGGGGAGUUCAGAGUCCCGAGCUCGGGACGGACAGAAAGACAGACGGCCAACCGCGCCCAGGCUCGCCCGCAGAGCCCCUGCAUUCCCCGCCCCCGCCCGCCUUGCCGGGACCAUGUCCAAACCUUCAGACCACAUCAAGCGGCCCAUGAAUGCCUUCAUGGUUUGGUCCCGGGGCCAGCGGCGCAAGAUGGCCCAGGAAAACCCCAAGAUGCACAACUCGGAGAUCAGCAAACGCCUAGGCGCCGAAUGGAAGCUCCUGUCCGAGGCAGAGAAGCGGCCUUACAUCGACGAAGCCAAACGGCUGCGCGCCCAGCACAUGAAGGAGCACCCCGACUACAAGUACCGGCCAAGGCGCAAGCCCAAGAACCUACUCAAGAAAGACAGGUAUGUCUUCCCCUUGCCCUACCUGGGCGACACGGACCCGCUCAAGGCAGCCGGCCUGCCCGUGGGGGCUUCCGACGGCCUUCUGAGCGCGCCCGAGAAAGCCCGGGCCUUCUUGCCGCCGGCCUCGGCGCCUUACUCCCUGCUGGACCCUGCGCAAUUUAGCUCCAGUGCCAUCCAGAAGAUGGGUGAAGUGCCCCACACGUUGGCCACCAGCGCGCUGCCCUACGCGUCCACCCUGGGCUAUCAGAACGGCGCCUUCGGCAGUCUCAGCUGCCCCAGCCAGCACACGCACACGCACCCGUCCCCCACCAACCCGGGCUAUGUGGUGCCCUGUAACUGUACUGCCUGGUCUGCCUCCACCCUGCAGCCCCCUGUCGCCUACAUCCUCUUCCCAGGCAUGACCAAGACUGGCAUAGACCCUUAUUCGUCAGCCCACGCUACGGCCAUGUAACCCCCAGCUUGGCCCGGACGUGAAGGGUGGCGUGGAAGCAGAGAUCUGCAUCCUUUCGCUUGCGCCUAGUCUGGCCUGCAGAUGUCUCUGGGUCAGGCCUGCCGCUGCCCCUUGCCCACCCUAGACUCUGCCUCGCUCUUCCGGGGGGAAGGGAGGGGCCGUGCUCCUGGACCCAAGGCACAGACUCGUGCCCGAAAUUUCCAAACAUUAAGACAGCUACACAUCUGCCCCUCUCCCGACUCUCCCAAAGCAAGUCUCCGACUGUAACCCCUUUGGACAAAAAGAAGUAGGCAGUUUUGCUUUAUUUACGUGCCCCUCACUCUCCUCGGAUAGGCUUUGGACUCGGAACUCCCAGAUCCUGGUAUUAUAUCUAGAAUAUGCGUAUAUAUAUUUUUCCUUUCCCACUGAAGAAAAGAGCUGAGUCUCGGUGCUGUGCCUGCCAUCAGACACAGCUAGGUACCAUUUGCUCUUCCUGUGUUGCGGGGGAGAAAGGCUUAAAAGUUUAAAACUUCAGGAAGGGAAACCUUUCUGUUUAAAACCAUACUAUGGUCGUGUUUGCUUCGAUACAGAGAAAACAAAAAGAACCCACAUGGCUUUUCACUUUGUGUAACGCAGUGCUCCUAGACACCUAAGUUUACUUUUAGACAGAAUGUCAGGUUAUGAAGUCAGGAAGUAGAAAGUGAACGAAAACUUAAAAUAAUAAAAACAUCCUACAUGGUCAUAAAUGUUUUGACAAUGUCUUGGAAAUGUACCUAGAAGGAUUUUACCUCGUUUCUCUGUUCAUUUGUUGAACAAAGACGUUUUGAAUAAAGACAAUCUGUCAUUGCAAAAAGUCA